AUGGCGGAGGAAGACAACGAACAUUCUGCAAAACUACACCGUCUGGUCUUCGCAUGCGACGUCCUAGAGGUCGAAUGUCUUCUACUGGUUGGCGAAGACUUAGCGGUGCCCUUGCAGACAGUCCCGCACCUUCGGCAAGGCGCAGGAGGCAACCGCAGUGUAGCCAGAAUGGGAUGCAUGAGUGGCACUUGCCGUGCCCGGGCGAUCCCAAGCGAAGUAUGGAAAGAUAUUAGGUUGCGUGGCGCGACGAGUGGUGCGAAUGAUGCAAGUGGCAUCAUCGUGCAGCACGUGCUUCCUGCACAUCCCGAUGAAUCCAGUGGUCGGGUGCGGAGAAGCGGUGAGGGUCGCUCAGCUGAGAUUCUGCCCUGUUGGGAACAUGCGGGGUUCAAAUCUACUCUGUUGGAAAUAGCGCGUCGAGUAGACGAGCAUGAAGGUCGGGCGCGUGCUGACGAGAAAUCCGGCGUGGGUGAGACGGAAGGAGUCUCCCCAAGCGCGCCAGGUAAGAUCAAGAUGCGGUUGACGAAACGAAGUGCGUCCCACGCCAGCGAGGAACGAAGUAGAGAUGUUGAAAGCGAGCCACAUAUGAGCGUCGUGCUCAGAUCACGCAAAGAUGAUGCCGCAUCGAGUACGGUGGCUGUGACGCUGGACUCGAGGAGCAGCAAGGCGACGGCAGGCAACGAUGCUUCUGUCGUACGAUACGAGUAA